UUAAGAAGAAACAAAAAGUCCUAAAUUACUCAGAAGAACCCGAAUAUGAUCCAACCCGUGUUCUAAAAUGCUGUAAUUUGGUUUUGUCUGCUCUCAAUUUAUAGCCUCAAAUCAAUCAGACAGAGAGAGAGAGAGAGAGUAAUGUGUGGAUAUUUGAGUAACCCUCUUCAGUUUUCUCAAGCUAUAUUUCGAAGAUUCUCAGCUAUGACUGGGGAACAACUCCCUUCAUCUUCAUCAAUUCAGAGUCUUUAUGAGCUUUGUAAUCAAACAUUUAAGCGUUCUGCUAAUUCUCCUCCUUCUUCUCAAGCUAUUCAGAGAGUUUCUGCUCUUUUAGAUACUAUCACUUCCACCGAUGUUGGUUUAAAAGAGAAUGAAGAGGAUGAUAGAGGUCAUGGUCUUUUUGGAUUCAAUGUAUUUAGUCGGGCCAAUCGAUGGGCUCAGCCGAUAACUUAUAUUGAUGUACACGAAUGUGAUGGUUUUACGAUGUGUAUAUUUUGCUUUCCCACCUCUUCGGUUAUUCCGCUUCAUGACCAUCCAGGGAUGACUGUUUUAAGCAAAGUUCUUUAUGGCUCCUUGCAUGUGAAAGCUUAUGAUUGGGUUGAGCCUACACGCAUCGAAAAAAGUAACGGAACUAGAGUGAGACUGGCAAAGUUGGCUGUUGAUAAAGUUGUGACAGCGCCAUCUAAUACUUCAAUUUUGUAUCCAAAUACUGGGGGAAACCUGCAUUGUUUCACAGCGAUCACCCCUUGUGCUGUUCUUGACAUUCUUGCACCUCCUUACUCCGAAGCUGCUGGCAGGAUAUGUACCUAUUACCAUGACUAUCCGUAUUCAAGCUUUCCCACAGCACACAAUGGUGAGGUAGGGGAUAGUAAGGAAGAAGAGUAUGCAUGGCUUGCAGAAAUAGAAACACCAGCCGACCUUUACAUGCGCAAUGGAAGAUAUACAGGCCCAGCAAUUCAUUCUAUAGAUUAAUUAUUUCUUGCUGAUGGUCGAAUUCUUGCUUCACUAGCAGAACUGCUUCUGGGUACUAUCUCUUAUCUCGCUGGAUGCACUAAUGGAGAAAGAUCCACGAAUGAAAACACAUUCAAGAAUGGUCAUGGAGUGUGCUGCUUUGGAAUUAAUUCCUCAAACCAGCUCAAAGAAAGACUGAAAUCAAAUAAAGUAGGGACUCUGUUGUACAGUCUUUUUGCAAUUUUACUGCCUUUGCACUAAUGAUCCUAUGCCCUGCUCCCGAGUUGUGCGGGAAGCAAAGAAAGGCAAGUAAAGUGAAUUAGAGUGUGAAGACUUUGCUAUCAGAGUUUUGAAACUAAAUUUUUGUAUGUGCUCUGAGUUUAAAACUUUCCAUUUUCCUUUGUUAAAUUCCUUCACCUACUUGCUUUACUUUUCAUCCCAGUGGAAGUUCUAUGAGAAAAAUAUAUUAAUUUUGCAUC